AUGACGAGCAACUGGGCUGAGAGCUUCAACAACACAACUAAGGAUGCAAGAGGCUUCCCAAUCAUUUCUGCUGUAGCAUUCCUGAGGUCCAAAGUCCAAAAGUGGUUUGCUUCACGAAAAGGAAAAGCUGACAAGUGGACGAAGCCCCUAGCACCAGAAAUGGAGGAGGACUUGACAUUGCAUUUUGAAAAAGGUCGGUAUUUGAACGUUGACUCAUGCGGGCCUUAUACGUUGCAGGUUCACCCUGGAGGAACAGUUCUGACAGGUGGCAUAGUGGACUUGCAGGAACAUACUUUCACUUGCGGCUUGUUCCAGUGCAUGAAGUUUCAUUGUCCUCGUGAAUGUGCUGCAUCUCAGGAGCGAAGUAUUAGUGCGUACACACUAUGCUCGCCAUAUUACACGACAGAAUAUUGGAGGAGGACAUAUGAAGGAACAAUUAUGCCAGUUGGUGACAAGGAUGAUUGGGAAUUGCUGAUGACAUAA